AUGGGAAUUUUGCCACGUACUCAUCCACAAUAUAGACAAGUUCUUAACUUCAGCAAAUCUGAUUUGACAAUUGUCAAUGUCUGCUGUUUAUAACAUGUUUCCCAAUGUCAGGAUCACACACCACUUCUCAUGUAUAAAUACACAUAAGACCAAUUAGAUCGGUAAAAAGGAAUCUCAUAAGUGUGUUACAUAUAGAAAAGAGAGAGAGAGAGAGAGAGAGAGAGAGAGAGAGAGAGAGAGAAUGGGUAAAGGUAGAGCGCCAUGUUGUGACAAAACCAAAGUGAAGAGAGGACCAUGGAGCCAAGAUGAAGACUUGAAACUCAUCUCUUUCAUCCACAAGUCUGGUCAUGAGAACUGGAGAUCUCUCCCAAAACAAGCUGGAUUGUUAAGGUGUGGCAAGAGCUGUCGUCUACGAUGGAUUAAUUACCUCAGACCUGAUGUGAAACGUGGCAAUUUCAGCGCAGAGGAAGAAGAAACCAUCAUUAAACUUCACCAGAGCUUUGGGAACAAGUGGUCGAAGAUUGCUUCUAAACUGCCAGGAAGAACAGACAAUGAGAUCAAGAACGUGUGGCAUACACAUCUCAAGAAAAGAUUGAGCUCAGACACUACUAACCUUAAUGCCGAUGAAGCGGCUUCAAAAGAUUCUUUGAACGAAGCUGAGACCUCUCAAGAGUCAUCUCCUAAUGCCUCCAUGUCUUUCGCUGGCUCCAACAUUUCAAGCAGAGAAGAAGAUGAUGCACAGAUAAGUCAAGCGUUCGAGCAUAUUCAAACUUACAGCGACUUUACAGGGAUGUUACAAGAGGUAGACAAACCAGAGCUGCAGGAGAUACCUUUUGAUUUAGAUCAUGACAUUUGGAGUUUCAUAGAUGGUUCAGACUCAUUCCAACAACUUGAGAACAGUUGGAGUUCAAGGGCUACUCAAGAGUCUGAAGGAGAUGAAAUUGAGAAAUGGUUCAAGCACCUGGAAAGCGAACUCGGGCUAGAAGAAAACGAUAACCAACAGCAUGAACAGGGCACCACAGAUGGAGAAGAAUCGUCCUCAUCAUCGCUCUUGGAGGGUUACAAACUCCUGAUACAUUAAUGAAGCAAUAAAGCAACUCAUUUCACCUUAAAAGCGGAAUUAUUAUCCUCAUCAGAGAUCUACAAAAGAGCUAAUAAUCUUGGCAUUUUUAGUAGAUGAGCAAGAUAAGUUAGGGGCAUGUAGAAAUAUGUCAACGACAUGUAGAUAUUACAGAGUUGAAAGAUUGUAUUUGCAAAAAUGAUUGCUUUGUAAGUGAAACCAAUUCAUCCCAAGCUAACAACUAUCUAGAAAUGGAAAGCUGACAGAGAUGAUAAA